AUGGCCGUCCCACUCAGUGUAACGACCAAGAAUCUCAGCGGCUCGUUUGCUACGAACAAACAAUUCAGCGGCAACUCGGAUGAACUGCUUCGACUACAGGGUCUGUCAUGGGCCAAGCGCAGCAUUGCCAAAAUGUUGAAUAUCAUUCUCUCUAUGAAGCACCGCACAGACGAUGAUGGCGUGGAACACGUUGACAUGGAACAGAAAGUCGCUGGUGGCAUCACUGCCGCUAGCGACCACUUCAUUCUUGACUGGCAGGAGCGCACUGUUACGGACUCCUCCUUCGGCUCGUUGACUGUAAAGACGCGCAGAGUCUCGCCAGAGCUGAUUGAGAACGAGUUCCUCAAGGCUGGUUGGUCUGAGGACACCGUUGUAGACGGCGUUAUUCACAACAUUGUCUCCAAUGACCCCAAGAAUUCUGGCGACGGUUACACGUGGGAGUCAGAGCAGGUAUGGGGUUUCCAGGUCGUCGAUGGAGAAAGGAGGUAUGUCAGGCUCGUCUCCCUCACCUCCUCAGGCAAGACAGAUGGUCCAUUCCACUUUCGUGGUGUUUAUGAUUAUUCCGAAAACAAGCACUAG